GUAUACUUUUUGAACGACAUGGCAGCGAACGAGCUUGUUGCCUUCAGGGAACGCUGGAAACAAGAGUUAAAAAAUAGAAAAGAAGAGACUGGACUCGUCUGUGUUCCUUCUUCCUCCUCCUCCGGGGAUCAUCCCGAGCAGAAAGACGUAAAGAAACCUUGUGAUACUCUAAAACAAGAGGAAUCGAGCUGCACUGAGGACGAGGGAAGUGUUAGUGGUGGGAGCUUUGCUGUAGAGGCAGAUCAGCCUCAGUAUGUCUCCAUUGCACGCAGUCUGUUGGAUGGGAGGACCAGUCCCCUGCUGGACAGGAUUCAGGAGGAGAGAACGAGGAGAAAGAGGCAGUAUGAUAACAUGACCAACAUGUGCAGCGUAUCCCUGCAGCAGCAGCAGCAGAGGCAGCCUCAGAGGAAGGUGAAGAAAGAAGAGGAGCUUGUGGAUCAACUCAUUCAGGAUCUGAAUGAAGUCAACGACAUUCCCUUCUUUGACAUUGAAUUGCCGUACGAAUUAGCCUUGAAGAUAUUCCAGUACCUCAACUGCAUGGAGCUUGGCCGAUGUGCCCAGGUGAGCAGGGCAUGGAGAGUCCUCGCGGAGGAUGGCGUUCUGUGGUUCAGGUUGUGCCAGAGGGAAGGUUACCACCAGGGUGCCUCCGUGUCCAGCUCCCCAUGUUGGAAGAGCACCCUGCGAGACUGCAGGAACGCGGCCAGAACUGUCCGAUCCAACUGGAAGAAUCGAGUGGGAUCUGUCAGCCAGCUGCAGUUCGAGUUGGGGAAAAUUCUGUGCGACGUCAGCUCCUGUGACAGCUUCGUGUUGGCCGGGUACACGUCUGGUGAUGUGAGACUUUGGGAUACGUUGCACUGGGACUCAACAUCUUCGUUCCUCAAGACCAACAGUCUUUCAGCGAACACGCACCCGAGACCGCACGUUAGUCACGUCCAGAUCAACAGCACAGUGGCCGCUGCUUCAUAUGAAGAUGGCUGUGUAGACCUGUGGAGUACAGAAACAGGUGGGGAGCCCAUCCACCACUACCAGAUACCCGGGAGGAUCCAGGCUUUGGGUCUGAGCCCGGACCGUCCGGUCCUGAUCUCAGCCGCAGGGUCAUACGUUCGGCUCGACAGCGCCAAUGACUGCGGCUACUGGAGGACUGUCUGCGAGACUCGGCUACCCAAAACAGUGGAGAGCCUGACAUUUGUACCAAACCGGGCAGAUCAGUCCCCACUAGUGGUUUUAGCGGCUGGAGAGGAUGUCUACUUGUUGAACCCUCAGGAGGAGCAGCCAAGGACCCUGCACUCUGUUUAUGGUCAUCCUGUAACCUGUCUGGAUGCCUCCAACACCCUCACUGCUUUUGGGGUGAAGCGCACCGGCUGGGCCAUGCACGAUGGAGGCAACAAGAUCCAUGUCUACAGCCUGGAGACCGGGAAACCAACGGUUUGUGUCGGCAGCUCGCCGGGAGAUUUCACUUGUGUCAACCUGAGAGACAGCCCCCCUCAUCUGCUGGUGUGUGGAAACAAAGACAGAAGAGUGAGAGUGUUUGACCUCAGGUCCAGCUCCUCUCUGGUAUCCCUGUACGCCCACCACCUGGGUGUCACCUCAGUGCAGGCAGACGACUGGAAGAUCGUGAGCGGUGGAGACGAAGGACUGGUGUGUGUUUGGGAGAUGAGGAUGGGAACUAAGCUGUGGGAGAUGCACAACAGGCAUCCUGUAAGGCAUGUUCGCUUUAACACCAGCACCCUGGUAACAGCCAACAUCCCCGAUGACAAGUCGCCACGUGGGGCCUGCAUCACAGAUGAUGACCUCACAGCUCAUCGCAGACACAGAGGAGUCAUCAGCCAUUACGACUUCUCUGAGGAUGCCCUGUCACAGGAUCACAUCUUGCCCAUCUGCAGGUCCGACUACAUCGACUCAUCCGGCUACAACUACAACAUUAACCUGGCGGUGCCCUACGACAGGCUGUCUGGCUCCCAUCCGUCUCACUGACCGCUGCAAACAAAAUACUGUCUGUGGAGCAGAAUGGACAAGAGACACAUUGAUCUGUCUGACUGUCACACUGAUCAUUUUUAGUUACCUUUUACUACCAUUUUGGUGCUUUUAUUAGGAUGCAAACGGCUCGUCUGCUGCAAGAUUGCCACCUUGAUAAACAUUGCUGUGCAUUGAUUUGUUUUAAUGUUUGACUUUUUAGAUCAGACACGGUGUAGAAUUUAUCCACAAAAAUUGUCAUGUUUUGCGAUUUUUCAGGGGGAAAAGAAGAGAAAAGUCCAGACAUUUAUUUUCCAUUUUUAUUUAAAAUUCUUUCUUUUGAAAUGAGGGGAAAAUAAAUAAUUUCAGUAAUAAUCAAAAAUAGUGUUGUUUUUAUUCUUUUAUAACAGUAGUGGUUUAUUAUGUACAGCUUCAGUAGUAAAAACAU